GAGCGGAGCAGGCCCGGGGACUCGCCUUCCCAGCUUGCCGCGCGCCCGGGGUGCUCCUCGGCGACCAGGAAAUGGGAAAGAUGGCGACGGCUCAGCGACGUUGAGGCCGCGUUAGGCGGUUCAGAGACAGGGUGAUGGCAGGAGAACUGGCUGAUAAAAAGGACCGAGAUGCAUCACCUUCCAAGGAGGAAAGGAAGCGAUCACGGACUCCUGACAGAGAGCGGGAUAGAGACCGGGACCGGAAGUCCUCCCCAUCUAAAGAUAGGAAGCGACAUCGUUCAAGGGAUAGACGUCGAGGAGGCAGCCGCUCCCGCUCUCGUUCCCGUUCUAAGUCUACAGAGAGAGAACGACGGCACAAAGAACGAGAACGAGAUAAGGACCGAGAUCGGAAUAAGAAGGACCGCGAUCGAGACAAGGAUGGGCACAGACGAGACAAGGACCGUAAACGAUCCAGUUUAUCGCCUGGCCGAGGAAAAGAUUUUAAAUCUCGGAAGGACAGAGACUCUAAAAAGGAUGAAGAUGAUGAGCAUGGUGAUAAGAAGCCUAAGGCCCAGCCACUAUCUCUGGAGGAACUUUUAGCCAAGAAAAAGGCUGAGGAAGAAGCUGAGGCUAAGCCUAAGUUCCUCUCCAAAGCAGAGCGGGAAGCUGAAGCUCUAAAGCGACGGCAGCAGGAAGUGGAAGAGCGGCAGAGAAUGCUUGAAGAAGAAAGGAAGAAAAGGAAACAGUUCCAAGACUUGGGCAGGAAGAUGUUGGAAGACCCUCAGGAAAGGGAACGCCGGGAACGAAGGGAGAGAAUGGAGCGGGAGACCAAUGGAAAUGAGGAUGAGGAAGGUCGUCAGAAGAUCCGGGAAGAGAAGGAUAAGAGCAAGGAACUGCACGCUAUUAAGGAACGUUACCUGGGUGGCAUCAAAAAGCGGCGUCGAACAAGGCAUCUCAAUGAUCGCAAGUUUGUCUUUGAGUGGGAUGCAUCUGAGGACACAUCCAUCGAUUACAACCCCCUAUACAAAGAACGGCACCAGGUGCAGUUGUUGGGGCGAGGCUUCAUUGCAGGCAUUGACCUAAAGCAGCAGAAACGAGAGCAGUCACGCUUCUAUGGAGACCUAAUGGAGAAGAGGCGAACACUGGAAGAAAAGGAGCAGGAGGAAGCAAGACUCCGAAAACUUCGAAAGAAAGAAGCCAAACAGCGCUGGGAUGAUCGUCAUUGGUCGCAGAAGAAGUUAGAUGAGAUGACAGACAGGGACUGGCGGAUCUUCCGUGAGGACUAUAGCAUUACCACCAAAGGUGGCAAAAUCCCUAAUCCCAUUCGAUCCUGGAAAGACUCUUCUCUGCCCCCACACAUCUUGGAGGUCAUUGAUAAAUGUGGCUAUAAGGAACCAACCCCUAUCCAGCGCCAGGCAAUUCCAAUUGGGUUACAAAAUCGUGACAUCAUUGGUGUGGCUGAGACUGGUAGUGGUAAAACUGCAGCCUUCCUCAUCCCGUUGCUGGUCUGGAUCACCACACUUCCCAAAAUUGACAGGAUCGAAGAGUCAGACCAGGGCCCUUAUGCCAUCAUCCUGGCUCCUACUCGUGAGUUGGCUCAGCAGAUUGAGGAAGAGACCAUCAAAUUUGGGAAGCCGCUAGGCAUCCGCACUGUGGCUGUCAUUGGUGGUAUCUCCAGAGAAGACCAGGGCUUCAGGCUGCGCAUGGGUUGUGAGAUCGUGAUCGCUACCCCGGGACGUCUGAUUGAUGUACUGGAAAACCGUUACCUAGUGUUGAGCCGCUGUACCUAUGUGGUUCUGGAUGAGGCAGAUAGGAUGAUUGACAUGGGCUUUGAGCCAGAUGUCCAGAAGAUCCUGGAGCACAUGCCUGUCAGCAACCAGAAACCAGACACAGAUGAGGCUGAGGAUCCUGAGAAGAUGUUGGCCAACUUUGAGUCAGGAAAACAUAAGUACCGCCAAACAGUCAUGUUCACUGCCACCAUGCCCCCAGCGGUGGAGCGUCUGGCCAGGAGCUAUCUUCGGCGACCUGCUGUGGUAUACAUUGGCUCGGCAGGCAAGCCCCAUGAGCGUGUGGAACAGAAGGUCUUCCUCAUGUCAGAGUCAGAAAAGAGGAAAAAGCUGCUGGCAAUAUUGGAACAAGGCUUUGAUCCACCCAUCAUCAUUUUUGUCAAUCAAAAGAAGGGUUGUGAUGUGUUGGCCAAGUCCCUGGAGAAAAUGGGGUACAAUGCUUGUACACUGCAUGGUGGAAAAGGUCAGGAGCAGCGAGAAUUUGCGCUGUCCAACCUCAAGGCUGGGGCCAAGGAUAUUUUGGUGGCUACAGAUGUGGCUGGUCGUGGUAUCGACAUCCAGGAUGUGUCUAUGGUUGUCAACUAUGAUAUGGCCAAAAACAUUGAAGAUUAUAUCCACCGCAUUGGCCGUACGGGACGAGCAGGCAAGAGUGGUGUGGCCAUCACCUUCCUCACCAAAGAGGACUCAGCUGUGUUCUAUGAGCUGAAGCAAGCCAUCCUGGAGAGCCCAGUGUCUUCCUGUCCCCCAGAGCUAGCCAACCACCCAGAUGCUCAGCACAAGCCAGGCACCAUCCUCACCAAGAAGCGCCGAGAAGAGACCAUCUUUGCUUGACACAGCACUCCUCCAGUGGGUUUAAGGACAUGCUGUGAAGCUGCGUGAUGCCUGUUCUUUAAGACCCUCACAUUCCUCUUUCCAGGUUCUCAGUCUUGGGUUAUGGGAGCUUGGAAACAAUCAGACUCCCUGGCUUAGACCCUAAGGUCGGAGGCCUGAGUGAGACUGCAAAACGAUAGGAGGAUGCUGUGGGAGGCAGGGAAAGCACAGAUGUUAGGCUCAGCUUUGCCCCUUUGGGGGGUUUUCACAUUGUACUGGGCCAUGAACUCUUCCCAGUUUAUAGGGCAACCUGCUGGCACUACCCCCAAGACUGAACACAUCUGGCUGCCUGCGUUAGGAUCUUCUUCGGCAAGGACUUGACAGUGUAACCAUGUGCAUUGCAGCGAUGCUGUUGCCCUAGAUAACCCAGGGGAUCUGGCACCAUGAGGAUUGUGGACUGUGGACUCUGUCAUUUUGACAGCUGUUUUCCCAUUUGGCAUAUAAAACAAGUCAAGAGCCUUUAGAACUGUGCACAGCCCUGUGCCAAGGGGUGCUGUGCACUCUAGGCAUCCCUCCCCCAGGGAAUUUUUUUAGUAGAUGUGGGGACAGGGUGAGCUGGCUGUGUUCAUCUUUAAGUCACUGAGUGAAAUUUCUGUUUUCUAUUCUCUGAGAAGAUGAGUUUGUAUGUUCUGAGAAUAAAUAAUGAAUAUUAA